AGGCAGCUCGGCACCUAGGCAGCUCCACUUCAGCCUCAGAGUCAUCGGCCACUUGGAAGCAGACCAAAUGACGAGGCACUUAGCCAAAAGAUUGAUACAUGAUCAAAAAUCGAUUCAUCAGCUUGCAAGAUACAUUUUUGUUUCAUUUUAUUUUGAUUUUUGUGUGUUUUUUGGUAAAACAUUUGGGGAGGGUGUUGGAAACAUGAAUUUUAGGAGAUAGAUGGAAACCCCUAUUGGAUGCCAUAGGAAGACAAAAGUGAUGAAUUCUGUUUUCCUUUUUCUUUCUUCCUUGCAAAGGAUGCAUUGUGAACAACUUGUUAAUCAUCGAUGACAGAUUUAACCAAGUCAAAGUAGAGGAAGGCAAACUUAGGUAUUACUCUUCUUUUGUUAGAAACUUUCUGAUGUAAUUCAUAUUUUUUAAGGGUGGUGAUUUAGGGUUCUCUUAGUGCCCAGAAGCAAGAGCUGUAGUAGGGGUGAUCAUUUCUAAAUGCUAACCCAACCAACAAGUUUCCAGGCCUGGACCUGGGUUGUGUGUUCAGGGUUGGCCUGGGCCUCUUGAAGUAUGUGCGAUCAUAUGUAUGUAUUAAGUGUGUUUUUGUGUUUAUUAACUUCAGACCCUGUUUUUCUUGUAACAAAUCCCUUUGGAAUGUAAGGCUAGUCAUCAAUCUAAGUUCAGCUUGGUAUCAUGCGUUUCAAAAUAAAAAAAGGAUGGAUAGUAUUCUUACUGCAGAUCACUUGAAGAAAAGGAGAUUCUAGAUGGCAAGUAUUGAUUAUAUGUGAACAGAAAAUGAAGAAGACAUCAAGCACUUCAUAUCUCUUUUAGUGUGGCUGUAGUUAACAUUUGAAGAAAAGUAUAGAAAUAUUGAGAGGAUGUGUGCUUAUAUUUCACCAAUGAUGGUCAACUAGGUGUUAAUUCAACAUUAAUUUUUGGAAGUCUUAAGAAAUUCUUUUGGGUCAAAUUUCUGGUCUAGUUUAAAGAUGAGUCUGUUCUUGUUAUUAGAAAGUUUAAGUAGUAGGUGUUUUGGUUUCUUGUUUUUGCUUGGGUAUGAAAAGCAUUAUGCUGUCCAUUUAUGAUGUCAUCAUCUCCUUUCUGUUUUUUUGGUGAAGCCUUAUCACCUUCGUCCUUUGAGGGACUCUUACAUUCUGUUUUCUUCUUAAUAACAUUAGCUUUUGUUUUAUUAUCAAAAAAGGUAAGGACCUCAAACCACAAGUGCUGAUAAUCAUGGUUGCAUCCAAUGAGUACUCAUUGAUAUUGAUAUAAGGUUGCAAGGUGUCACUGUUAUGCAAUCUUUACCUGUAUCAGUUCCCUUGGUUUAUCAAGUUCAACUUAAUGCUUUUGUCAAUAGCAAGGCCUCCUCAACAUGACUAAUAUGAGGGAUUACCAGAUGACAUAAUUCCUUUUUUUCCUUCAUAGAGGUUAUCUCCAGCCAAAAGACAACUUCCAAUUUCCAAAUGCUCCAAUAAAAUGGAUCAAAUGCUACUGCUAUCAAAAACAGAUAAAACAGUACUAAGACUAAACACAUCCCAAAAGCCCUCCCAAAUGGGUAUUUAGUCACUAAACAAUGCAUCAUACCAACACUAAGAUUGUUUAAAAAUGGUGGAUCGUUGGCCGGUGACUUAGUCUGCUGUAUCCUUCAUGUUUGUAAAGAAAUAUUAUUGAAGAAAAGUGCCAGUAAGUAGUUACUGAGGGUAUUGAUAAAAAUAAGCUUUUUCUAAGCAAAAAAUAAUAAUAAUAACAUAGAUAGCAAAGGUAUGGGCUCUUUGCUCCAUCAAUUAUUACAGUAGGCUCGUGCUUUUGACCCUAAUAGAGGUGUUCCAAAAUUGGUCCUCCCAUUACACACAUGGAGAACACUUUUGCUCUUCCCCCCUAUUGGAAUUCUCAUGCAGCUUUCUGAAUUGGCCACAUGUUCGGUCACCUAAUCUCCCCUUCAGUCUCUCUCACUCCACUUUGAAUGGGAGCUGCUCUCUGGUGACAGUUGAGAUUAACAGAAAUGGCUUAAUUUUUGGAUAUAUUUCAGGGCUACAUAUAAAACCUAUAUACCCAAUGAGUAGCAGAUGGAGGAAGAAGCAUGUGGCAUGGUGUGUCUCUUGAGUCCAUAAUUAGGAAAGAAUUGUUUAUAUUAAGGCUUAUUUUAUUUGCAAUGCAAUUUCAUUUGCACUGGUAUAAAAGUAUGGGAAUGCAAUUUCUGAUUUAUCUUUGUUCUGCUUGGUUGCAUUAUAAAUGAAAUAAAAUUAAAAUGAAACUUGAAGUGAAGGUGGAAUCUAUCAACCUUAAAUUCAUAAUUAGCCCAAAAGUGGACCUACUAAGAAAGAAACCCUAUCUUAAAUUCAUAAUUAGCAAAUUAAGGGGCUAAGAACCAAGAUGCUUCUUAGCAUCAGGGAAGUCUAAGGUGGAAUCUAUCAACUAGUGGGCCUGUGAAUUAUGGGCCCCAUACUGAUUUGCAAUUUCUCCUGCCCCAGAGACCCAUAUGAAGACAUUUACUCGAGUAAGGUUUAGUUUUUUGAGACCACCUUGAUUCACUGAGGCAACAGAAUCCACCAUGAUUAAUGAAUUAGAUUGUCCAUGGGAUAGAUUAACUUCCUUUUUUCUGUCUUCUUUUAAUCUGCAGUGGUCCCUAAAUGGACCAGCUUCAUAAGAGACUGAUCUCCCAUGAGGCUAAGUAUUGAGUAGAGAGCUCUCACCUAUAGUCAACAGGUUGGAAUUAUUUUUGGCCAAAUGAUAUUGCCAGGUAACAUUUUACUAUUGCCAAUUGACAAUUCCACAAUGUACUUUGUACUUUGUAAAACAUUAUUAGAAAUUUAAACUGGAAUCUUUAACUAGUUUAGUUUUGUGGGGUCAAGAAUUCUGCCACUCAUCUUGACUUAUUGCUUCUUUCUUCUGGCCCAAGUAGGAGGUGUCCUUCUAUGAUGAAUAAGUCUAUUUCUUGAUGCCUCCACCAACUACAUUUGGAAUAGUAAAUUGACCUUUGCUGCUGCAAAUUCAUUUAGCCUGCCCAUUGUUCAUUUUGUCUUAUUGUCCAUCUCUGUUUAAUUUUUUUCCUUGUACUUAGGUUUCAGAAGAGGAUUAAAAAGUUAAGACAGUGGUUUGAUAGGUUAACAAAGGUAAUAAGGUUCUAGUAUUUUCAGAUAUUUUCAUGCAUUUUUCUGAUUUUCUUGCAAUGUCUGCAAAAUUUCAAAUAUUUUCAUGCAUUUUUUGGUAUUUUCAUGUAUAAUUGUCUAUGGCUUUUUGCAUUUGUCACUUAUCAACAUAAUAUAUGUUGGGUUUGUCUUUUGCAUCAUGCCAUUUAGGUAUUACCAUGAGAAAAGGCAAAAACCAUGCUAAACAUCCUAUGAGCACUCCUACUAGGGGUAGUAAUCAAUCCCAACCGAGCUCUAGCCAUCGAAUUGAGGCCCAAUCGAUCAGUUGGCUCUCGAGAUUCUUCAAAUGGCAGUGGUGUAGGAGAGGCAUUGAAGAUAACUUCAGAAGCUCAAAGGGAAUUACUAGCUACAAGAAAAUCAUCUGAUGAGAGAUUCAAUAAGAUGCAAGAGGAGAUGCUUUGGUUACAAUCCAUUGUGGCUCAAUUACAAGAGACGUUGGCUACAAUGGCAUCCAAUUGCCCAAGUCCGACGGCCAAUCAAGUAGCUGCUCCUGUAUUUUCUAUCAGUGUGAAUAGGCAAUCAUCAAUAUCAAGUCAUGUAGCACCAUCUCCCGAGGUUGUCUUGGCUCCACACAUUAUAGACAGCACACAAGAAAAUAAUGUGCAAGCAAGAAAUUUGGAGGGAUCAAUGCCAAAGAGGAGAAAAACUGUGAAUAACUCCUGCCAUAGGGUUCUUUCGAAGAGUGCUUCAAAGCCAGAAAUUACAGUGGCUCAAGGAACAUUACUUAAUAAGAAUUCAUCUACAAAAGUAGGAGGCUUUGAAUUAGGUGCUGCUUUUUGGGAAGUACAUGUAGAGGUCCCUUUUGUGGUUGAGGAGCCUUUAAUGAGGCCUUAUGGAUGUUAUCGAACAAUUGGGGAUGCUGUUGGUUCAAGUGUUGCUUGGCUAACUUCAUUGGUUGUAGACAUGUGAUCUUUGGACAAAUAUGCACUAGGAAAAGUUUUUGGUUCAACAACAAAGAAAUUGUUAACAUGGAGGGUAUUGAAGAUGUAUACUUUGGAAUUUGACGAAGACUUUUGGACAUCAUAGAGCGAAAUGAUUUUUUUGUUAUAUUUUUUGUUGGUUCUUGGACUAUCCAUUAUGGAUCUAUGAUCUGAA